CAAAAGAUGGAUGCUGAUCUGGAUGCGGGAGCCAAUUCCUGUUAAAAUGCCGUUCUUUUGCUUUAUUAUGAUGUCUAAAUAACAGACAAACAUGUAACAGUUGUGCGUUAUUAAAUGGAUAAAUGAAGUGGCGCAGGAUUUGUUGGAAGAAGCGGGAGGAGAGAGAGCAUGUACUGGGUCGCUGGAUUCGCCUCCUCCCGGUCGUUCGUGAUUGAUCUCGGCCGGAAUCAGAGCCCGUCCUUCGGGUUGUGUGGCUCUGAUGAGCGGCAGUUAUUCUAUGGGUACAUAGUAGCCGUCCCUCUGCAGGAUUUUGGUGGGAUCAUGUCGGGACUGGUGUCGGAUUCUUGGUGGAGGAAGACUCUUUACAUCACCGGUGGUGCCCUUCUGGCUGCGGCUGCCUAUCUGCUGCACGAACUACUCUCCAUCAGGAAGGAGCAACAGUUGGAUUCUAAAGAUGCCAUCAUCCUUCACCAGUUCUCCAGGCCAAAGAAUAGGGUGCCAAGUCUGUCACCUUUCUGCCUAAAAAUGGAGACCUAUCUGCGCAUGAUUGAUCUGCCCUAUCAAAACUACUUUGAUGGAAGCCUCUCUGCUCAGGGCAAGAUGCCUUGGAUUGAGUAUAACUAUGAGCAGGUGUGUGGAACUGAGUUUAUUAUUGACUUCCUAGAGGAGAAACUUGGUAUGAGCCUAAACAAGAGUCUGAGUGCUCAGGAGCAGGCGGUAGCACGGGCCAUCACCACAAUGGUUGAAGAACAUUUGUACUGGACUAUUGCAUAUUGUCAGUGGGUGGAUAAUGUUCAUGAGACUCAGAGCAUGCUGGAUCUUCCUGGACCCCUCAGUGACGUGCUCAAAUGGAUUCUGUGUCAGCUGACUGGUGGAAUUGUAAAGAGAGAGAUGUACUGUCAUGGCAUUGGCUGUUACACUAAAGAAGAGGUUUACAGUCUCAUGGAGAAAGACAUGCGUACAUUGGCCACACUGCUAGGGGAUAAGAAGUACAUCAUGGGUCCCAAGCUGUCCAGUGUAGAUGCCACAGUGUUCGGUCACCUUGCACAAGCCAUGUGGACACUGCCUGGCACACGGCCUGAGCAGCUCAUUAAAGGAGAACUGAUUAACCUGGCUAUGUACUGUGAGCGCAUAAGGAGGAAAUUCUGGCCCGAAUGGUUUGUAGACUUAGAGGACUUAUGUUAUGACACUGACAAUGACACCUCCAGUGGAACGGCCAACUGCCUGAUGGACCUUGGUCUCUUCUCCAGGACAGACACUUUAGAGGAGAGUGAUCUAAGCUCCCUGUCACACAGUAACACACAUUUGCAAGACACAGACCAUUCUGGACGCUCACUUUCCAACUCUGACAUUGAAGUAGACGGCUCAGAUAUGGAGCAGCAGGUAAAGGAUUAAAUCAUAUAACCUCUGCAUUUAGUCAGGGGUGGUUGCUUAAUUUAAAGGGAUGCCCCUGUGUUUCCAUCAACUAGAAAGUUUGGUGUAACAUCUGGUGUAAAAGAACACUAUGGCAAAUGUGGUGGCUCCCAGUUCUUCAAAACUGAAAUUUACAUUUCUUGCCUGAAUGAACAGUGUAUGUAUAUGUAUGAGACAGUAGUUUCAAUAUGACAUCGGUUGUGGAUAUGUAUUCAAGAUUUACAUCACAGAAGUUGGAUGCUCACUUUUGCUCCCUGUGUGAGACAUGUGUAAAAGAUCAUCUGUUCUCAGUUGUGGAAUGGUUGCAGUAUAUGAGUCACCAUUGGAAGCCUAUUAUACAUCAGUUCUCUCAAAUUACAAGUUUUUGUUGUGUCAAAGUUUAAGUUUGGCUUUUAGUUUUAGAAUUCAUUUUAAAAGAAAACAAACUUUUCUGUCAUUCAGACAACCCAGCAGUUCAGGGUAAAACCACAAGAGGUCUACAUUGUUGUAACCCUAUGUGUUUCCGCAAUAAUGUGCAUGGUUAACUGAACUGAUACAGCAAAAAUAAUUAACAUUCAAAACAGUAACCUAAAAUGCAAACAAAUAUAGUGGGGUUAUAAAGUCUGAUUCCACAUGUGGAAAUGCUUCUAUUCUUCAUUAGAAAUUUUAGUAUGACAAUUUGAAUGAGAAGUUGAAUUGAAAUAUUAUCAAUCAUUUCUUACCAUUUGGUAUGCCUCCCAGACUCUACAAGUUUGUGCAAAACCUGAUGAUCCGUGUUAUACCAGCAUGAUUUGUAAAUGUUCCAAACUGUCUCUUCUUGAGUGUUUCAAUGGAAGCAAUGAAAUCUGAACUUUUGCACAUUUUUGCACAAAGAAGUUAAGGACAAUGUAACAAAUUAGCUUAUUUCAUAGUUACCUAGAAAUAGUGCAGAUUCUUAAAUAUUUCUCAAAAAGUUUACUUCAUAAUGUUUAUAUGUUUUAAAUUGUAAAACUUCUAAUUAGAUUUUGAAAUUCAGAUAUUCAUUGUGGUUUCAGACUUUUGAUCCCCACUGUAUAUAUUAAAAUAUUAGCUUGUAUGAUUCCAGGAUGUAUGUGUGAGGAUGACAGUUAGACUUUUUGUGAUAGUACUAAAGCUGUAUGAAUUUCUUUCUCCUGUUUAACCCUGAGAAUUCCUAUUUCCAGAUCAGCUGAACAACACUUUCAUGCUGUUAUAAAUAGAUGAGAAAUGAGAGGAUUGAUAAAGGGAUUAUGAAGUAUUUAAUCCCCUUUCUCACUCACCUGUCAAACAGAAAUAACACAGAAGUCCAAAUUUCAUGCAUAUUUAGCCUGAGUAAUAAAACAGAACAGAGUAUUUUUAUAUAUUUUUAAUGGCCACACUUUAUAUUUGGUGUCUAUAACUAUUAUCUAGUAACAUUAAAAUACAUACAAUACAACAUAUUUACUGUGUAACUAAAUGCUGUUCUGCAAAAUUCUCACAAGAUUUACAUUUGCUGCUACUGAGUUUGAGGUAUGGGGUAUGUUUAGGAGUAGGGGUAGGGUUAGGGUUUAGAGUUAGGUUUUAGGGUAAGGGUUGGGUAAGGUUUAGGGUUAACAGUAUAGCUACAAAUGUAAUUAAAUGCAGGUACUUUAAAUGUAAGUACAAUGCAACAACACAUAUGCACAUAAUAAGUAUAUUGUAUCAAAUGCUUAAGUAGUUAAAGACACCUAUUAUAAUGUGGGACCUUUUAUUUGCUAGGGCCCCAGUGUAUAUCAUUAGCUUCAACUGAGUCUUGAUCAGACUGAAUGGUGCUUAAUGCCUGUGUGCCUGACUUCUAUCAUUUCCACUAUCCUCUCCUUGUGUCUCUUCCAUCAAGCAAUGUUUGUUCUGUUAUACACACCUGUGUAAUAGUUAUGCUACCACCAGAGGGCACUGUGACCACUUAUUCAUACAUUGGGUGGGUCCUAUACAGCCAGUUAGUUGUAUUGCCCUUGCGGGCAUCCCUGAUAACUUAUGCCUUAAAACAACAUUUAUAAAUAUCAGUAAUUUCAGCACUGUAAGAACAACGGUGAACCUCUAGUAAACACUCAGAAGUCAUCGACUUUGUUAAGGAAGAGUUAGGGUUGUCAAAAUGUUUCCUCUUCAUGUGUGUGUGAUUGGUUUACCAAAGUGUGGCACGUGCAUACUUUUGCAGAUUUGCCUUAGUUGAGGGAAGGUUCAUGUGAUCUAUAGUCACAUGCUGAAUUUCCCCUCUUUUUGUUGAAUUUACUUGAAACCCAAGCCAGUACAAAGUGAAAUUAUUUCUAUCCCUUAGGUAGUUUUAUCUUUUAUUCUGUUGUUUACUUUCGAUAUUGUUUGCACACUUUAAAUUAUUGAAAGACUGUGGACAAUGUAAAAAUACAGAUAGAAUCAUGUGAACUUAUGCGACAAAAAAUGGCACUGAAAACAGGGUCCAUACAAUCAGUGAGGUGUGUCAUACUGUAUGUGUGUGUAUGAUGGUUGCCUGUUAUAGGCACAUUAUUUACCUGCAUGUGCAUUUAUGUGUGUGUGUGUGUGUGUGUGUGUGUGUGUGUGUGUCUAGACAUGUGCUCUGGUGUACCAAAGUGCACCAGCGGAAAUCCUCUAUCCUCAAUCCUCUAAUGUUUAUAGAUCCUUUCAUUCUCUCUAUAUAUAGAUCUAUAAUUUAAUUCUUCUAUACCAUGUCAGUUUAAAGGAAUAAAUCCAAUCUCAUAUGGAUCUUGUGUAAAUAUUACUUAACUUGCAAAUUUUGUUUACAAAGUUUCACAGUGUAAAAUAUAUCCAGGUCUUUCAGUGACUUAAAACUCAUGCCUAUGAAUUUAAGAAAUAAACACGCACCUAAAAUUGCCUUUUUGAUCCAUGAUAAUAGUUCACAAAAACUCACAUUCAGAACCAUGCAACACAAAAUACAGUACAUCAACAGAUUCUCAGAAUUAUUUUAUACCCUGUGAUAUAUGUUUGUUUAUAAAAUUUCAUUCUGGAAAUGUUUCUGUGUGUUGAGAACAUAGCUGGAUUAUGUUCUUAUCCUUAACUGAGAAGAGAUGUCGAAGGUAGUUUUGUUAUCUGUUAUUAGAGCUUGAAGCCAGAUUACAGAAUUCAUUUCCUGUCUGUGGAAAUAAAUUAUAGUUAUAAAUAUAGAUUCUAUCUAAUCUAAAUCAGCUAUAAAAUAUUGUGCAUAACUGAGACCCUCCCAUGAGUGUUAAUUAGUUAUCCUAAACUUGACUGGUUGUUUGACAAUGAUUGCUCCAAAACUUAAAUUAAAAAAGCUAUGACAA